AUGAGAACGGAGGCGGAGGCGGCGGGGCCGUCGCUGGAGCCCGGGGACUUCGUGCAGCUGCCCGUGCCCAUCAUCCAGCAGCUCUACCACUGGGACUGCGGCCUGGCCUGCUCCAGGAUGGUGCUGCGGUACCUGGGCCAGCUGGACGACGGUGAGUUCGAGUGCGCCCUGCAGGAGCUGCGGCUGACCCGCAGCAUCUGGACCAUCGACCUGGCCUACCUGAUGCGCCGCUUCGGGGUGCGGCACCGCUUCUGCACGCAGACGCUGGGCGUGGACAAGGGCUACAAGAACCAGUCCUUCUACAGGAAGCACUUCGACUCGGAGGAGACUCGGGUCAACCAGCUGUUCGCACAGGCCCAGGCCUGCAAGGUGCUGGUGGAGAAAUGCACGGUGAGCGUGCAGGACAUCCAGGCGCACCUGGCGCAGGGCCACGUGGCCAUCGUGCUGGUGAACUCGGGGGUGCUGCACUGCGAGCUGUGCUCCAGCCCCGUCAAGUACUGCUGCUUCGCGCCCCGCGGCCACCGCUGCUUCUGCCGCGCGCCCGGCUACCAGGGCCACUUCAUCGUGCUGCGCGGCUACAGCCGGGCCACCGGCUCCAUCUUCUACAACAACCCGGCCUACGCCGACCGGAUGUGCAGCACCAGCGUCAGCAACUUCGAGGAGGCCAGGACCAGCUACGGCACGGACGAGGACAUCCUCUUUGUGUACGUGGACAGCUGA